AUGAACGAUCCAGGUCUAGAUAAGUCCGCAUCGCAGGCGGCCGAAGAUGUCGAGGCAAACAACACCUUUGAGCAAGAUAGAGAGCAGGCUGAAGAAGAAGAGCAGGAGUUUUUGAAACCUGGUCGAUGGUGGUUUGCAUCUACAGCAUGUCCACUCAUAGCAGGCACUUUUGGGCCCAUGGCAAACGCGUUCAGCAUCUGCGCGCUUCCUGAGAAGUGGAGAGUGUACAUCCCGCCAGGGGGCGACGAAGGCCAUGGGCUCACGGUUGAGGAUCCGAAGUGGCUGAUCGCCAUCAACUCCGUAUCGCUGGUGUUCGCACUCACCGCCAAUCUGUUUCUCCUGUUGAACAUGGCUCGGAGAGUUUCCUUUGCUGUUGCACAGCCAAUCACCUUGGUUGGGUUCUACACAGCGUCUUUACUCCUGAUGGCUCUUGUUGGUGUUGCAUCGUCCGCGGUGUUUCGGAUAGAACCACGACGGGAACAUGCUCUCAGCCAGGCCUACUACUACGCCAUGAUUGCAGCUGGACUCUACUUCAUCAUCGCGACGCUCAUGCUGCUCACCAUCUACGGCGCAUACAAGGGUCGUUACCCCAAGGAGUUCAGGCUUUCUCCCAGCCAGCGGACACUCAUGCUACAGACCAUCGGUUUCAUGUUUUACCUGCUCUUGGGUGCCGUGGUGUUUGCACAAGUGGAAGGCUGGAGCUUCUUGGAUGGCGUGUUCUACGCAGAUUUUACCCUGCUCACCGUUGGCAUAGGAGGCGAAUUUGUUCCCGCUACCCACACUGCCCGCUCGCUAUUGUUCCCUUACGCCAUGGGUGGGCUCGUCACUGUCGGUCUAGUCAUCGGAUCCAUACGAUCCUUGAUUCUCGAACACGGGAAACAAAAGAUGGCGGCCCGUUUUACCGAAAUCAAGAGGGAGAGGGUUCUCGCAUCCUACAACGACAAAACGAGGACGAUUAAACUGGGCUGGUUCUCAAACAUGGAGUACUUUCAGAAAGGACUCUCCGAAUCUCAAAAGAGAGAGCAGGAGUUCCGCGUCAUGCGAAGGAUACAGGAGAUCUCCGAAAAGAACCGACGGUACACAUCGUUAGCCAUCUCGUCCAUCGCGGCGAUGCUGCUGUGGUUUCUUGGAGCUUUGGUCUUUAUGUUCGCCGAGAAACCGCAGGGCUGGACCUACUUCUCGGCUCUGUAUUUUGCAUACACCUCGCUGCUGACUAUCGGGUACGGUGACCUCGUACCGCAGUCUAAUGCCGGCAAAGCCUUCUUCGUGUUCUGGAGUUUGCUGGCCGUACCAACACUGACCAUUCUCAUCAGCAACAUGGGCGACACUAUUAUCAAAGAAUUCAAAGACUUUACCAUCUGGGUCGGCUCUUUGACGCUCCUGCCAGACGAGGAAGGACUCAUGUCGACUCUGCGACUCGGUGCAAAGCGAAUGAGGAAAGUGUAUCGAGAAGAGUCUCAAGAGGCCGAUCAGGGUGCAUCCGUACGGCACAUGAUGGACAGACUACGAGGUCACCUGGAAGAGGAGGAACUUGGGCUAGCAGAAGAAGCUGGCGAACAUGGCGACAAACUAAUGCGCGACGUCCACUUCUACCAUUUCAUCUUGUCCAAGGAGAUCAGGCAGCUGAUGAAGGACGUCGACGCAUCGCCUCCACGGCAGUACAGCUACGCCGAGUGGUCGUACUAUCUCCGUCUGCUCGGACAGGAUGAGAGCGACCCUUCGUUCCACCGCCGAGCUCAGGUCCACCACAUGCACAGCAACCACUCAGCGCCCGACCUCGGCACCGCAGACGACGGCGAAGAGCAAGCGUGGAGCUGGCUGGGCAUCCGCAGCCCGCUCAUGGGCAACGCAAGCGAGGCGCAGUGGCUCCUCCGGAGACUGUCUGCGCGGCUCGAGAUGGAACUGCGAAAGAUGAGCAACCCGGACCGUAAGCAGAGAAAAUCACCACCGCCAAUUUCAAUGGACGAGCUGAGGAACAGGAAAGAUGCGGACGGUGGUACUGCAGAAUCCUCAGGGAGGACAUUCAACGCUGCCGAAGCCAGACGACGGGCGCGCAAGGGCAUUGAUCCGUGA